UGUUGUCGCUGCGGAACACUCAGGAGGAGGAGCCCCCGGACCCGCAGUUGAUGCGCCUGGACAACAUGUUGAUCGCUGAGGGUGUGGCGGGCCCCGAGAAGGGCGGAGGGGCGGGAGCCGCAGCAAACGCCUCGGCUGCAGCAGGUGCCGGAGACAACGCCAUCGAGCAUUCAGAUUACCGCGCUAAGCUCUCCCAGAUCAGACAGAUAUACCACCAAGAGCUCGAGAAAUACGAACAGGCGUGUAACGAGUUCACGACCCACGUGAUGAACUUGCUCCGGGAACAGUCUCGCACCCGCCCCAUCACCCCCAAGGAGAUCGAGCGCAUGGUGCAGAUCAUCCACAAGAAGUUCUCGUCCAUACAGAUGCAGCUCAAGCAGUCCACCUGCGAGGCCGUCAUGAUCCUGCGCUCGCGGUUCCUCGACGCCAGGAGACGUCGUCGAAAUUUCAGCAAGCAAGCCUCUGAAAUUCUGAAUGAAUAUUUCUACUCCAACCUGUCAAACCCGUACCCCUCUGAGGAGGAGAAAGAGGGCCUGGCACGUCGGUGUGGCAUAACAGUCAACCAGGUCUCCAACUGGUUCGGCAACAAGCGCAUCAGGUAUAAGAAAAACAUCGGCAAGGCUCAGGAGGAAGCAAACCUCUACGCUGCUAAGAAAGCUGCAGACUAUCCUUCAGCAGGAGCGUCGCCGUACAGCAUGAGCGGAACACCGGGCCCCAUGAUGUCCCCGCCGCCCGCAGAGGAUUCCAUGGGCUACGGCAUGCCUGGCAUGAACGGUUCAGGAUACUCAGGGGGCAUGGGCUACGACCUCCACCCGGAGUCGCCUGACGUGUAGGCGGCGCCCACACAUCCGCCCACGCCCAGCCCGCCCUCCACCCACACCCAAACAGCAAUAAGACGCGUGGGCGGUUAGCGGGUUGUGGAGUCCGGGCCGGCGUGGUGAGGGUUGCCUGGCGGGCCUUGCCAUCGGUUCCCAGUGUGGUGGAGGCCAUCCCUUGGUGCCAGGCUGCCCUCCCCCGCCCCCUCACUACCUCCCGCGGCCCACCCAUCCUUCACACACAAAGUGCAGGCCGUGUAACUCCGGCCCACCAGCCACGAUCGGGCUGCAUGUGGCUCACUCUGGCCAAGCCACGCUGUGACGUUUUGUGCCACACGGGCUGCAUGUGGCCCACCUCAGGCAACAGUGAUCAGAGCUGUCAGCCCAGUGUGCAGGCAGCGGGCCGCCGCCGUGCGCCCUGCACCUGAGCGGGACCAGCGCGGCCCGCCCAGCCCACAGUAUACGAGAGCCGGGGCGGGUAGCCACCCUUGGCCGCUCCUCACACCACACUGCCGCUGCCUAUGCCCACCUCUCGCCCACGGGUGACGCUCUCAUGACCCAUAGCGCUACGCCAUCUUGACACCCACUCAUCCACAAGGUUGGCCAGCACCACCUGCCCAUGGCCACAGUGCUGUGAGCACACCCACCACUCCUGCACCCACACCUGGACCGCCAUCUCGAGUAAGGGUCCAAGCUUGAUGAGAUUGCCGAAGGAAACAGUGAUGCAUUAAUCUGUCUUUUACGAUAAGUAGCCAUGUAAAUAUGAAUGAAUGAAUAAAGUAAGUUACAGGUAUAAAAGUUCGUGCAUUUUGGGUGUGGAGUGGGUGUGGCACACUCAUGUGGCAUGAGAAGUGAUGCUGAGCAAAGUGGAGGUGGACACUCCCACACCAGGGAGCCCCAGAACCAUGUAUACGGUUGGUAUGUGAUAGUCACACUCGUGUUGCUUAUAUGUGUAGGCUUUUAAUAAAGUUUCUGCUGUUUGAACAUUCUUUAAAAAAUACACACAUGUUCCUCAUUGGCGAGUGAGCCAAAUGUACUUAGCGUCACCCCCGGCGAGGUAGGCUGCAGCAUGACUAGCGGCCCUCCCGCCCCGCGCGGCCAUCAUGGUCCGUAGUGCCCAGCAGGCGGUCCGCGGCGACCCGUACAAGCCUCUGUAUCCAUGUAGCGUAGGAGAGUGUGGCCAGAGAGGCCCGGCUGCCCCCCCGGCCCUGCACACGUUCCACUGGGCGGCCCACCACACCCCGGCGCGGCCACAGGGCCACAACGCCCAGUGGGGCCCCAUCCAACCCAGUAUACGUACUCUGGACGGCAGCAGCACCAAGACUGGAAAAAAGCAAUGGUCAGACCGAACUGGCUCUCAAGAUGUCUGUUUGUUGUUUCAACGCACAUUGGGUGUUUCUGUUGUUUCUGUUUGUGUUCCAUUGUGUUCUGAUGGGUUGUGUAAUUGUGUGUGUGUGCUGGUCCCUGACUGGCCCGAGUACUGUGUCUGCUCUUGUAGAAGUCGUCGGGUGUGGCCCCCAGUCAGCGGGGUUCCUCCGCGAGGCCGGGCUGGCCGCACCCGGUUGGGAGGCGAAUGGUCACAUCUACACUGCAUGUGUGGCCUCUCGAGGCCAGAUGUGUAGCUCCUGUAGAUGUAGCCAUAGGAAAAGAUCGGCGCGGUACCUCCCAGCCCAUUCUCAAAGCAGCACAGAUGGUAGGGCGGCCUCCUCGCGGGGCCGCCCGCUUGAUGCAGGGUAUUACCUAGGAGAAGACGAGACCACACAGAUGAUCUUGUGAUACACUGGAUAAUGAACACUAAAGGACCUGGAACCUUGAAGUAGGUCUAUUUUUAUAUGGAUAGAUAACACUUGAAAAUCGAAUGGGAAAAAGUUAGAUGGUCUUGUGUAACUGUAUAUUAUUAGUAUGGAUAGAAAAAUUCUAAUACUCUUUGAAGUCCGUUUAACAUUUGGUAAUGUUAAGUCCUUUUCCAUACGGUUUGUACGGUAGUGUAAGGGCAGCAACGGGUCCCUGUGGCGCGCUUGUGCCGGCCCGACGGACCCGGGGCUCGCCAAGCGCGCAUGUUUGUAUGGGUAGUGCAGGAGUAGUGCAAGGUAGCUAGACCACAAGUAUACAGUGAUAAUACUGCAGUAUACGAAAAACAAUGUUCUUCAUUGACAAAAGUAUAACUACAAAGAAUAAGCAGAGUAGCCUGCCCUCUUUUCAUGACCUGUUAGCAUUAUUUUGACUCCUGUAGCCAGCUAAAGGGCCGUCAUCUCGUUUCCUGAUUUUUCUGAGCCGCUGAGGUGUACCGUAGUUGUCUCCAUGUAACUUACAGCUCUCUUCUGUCUCUUUUCGCUGUUCGCUGUAGUGAAUGAUGCAAGAAUAAAUCUCCUGUAUUGAAUACUUAUGAAUAACUGUAAAUGUAUUGCUAUGUGUCCUCUCCAAUACCGUCCUGUACCAAAAUACGUAAUUUUCUCACAAUUCUUGUAGAGAUACUGUGUAUUUUUGCUGUGUAUUUGUUCCAGUUUUGUAAUAGUAUAUGUAGUACAAUCUUACUACUGUUUCUCCCCCUUUAGGACGGUAUAGGAUAGACAGCAAGAUUGGUUCAUUCUUACUUACACAUUUAAGCAUAUUUUCCAUGUAACCAGUUAUUGUUUUCAUUGUUUAGCCGCCUUAUUUAUGUAGGAUGGGACAUUUUGAGGUACCCACCUAAUUUCUAAGAUUACAUUUUAUUUCAUUUUUGAGCAAGAGUUGUGUGCUUGUACAGUAGAAUCCAUUGCGGAGGCGAAAGAUAAGUGCUACUUAUGUUUCCAAGCGCGGCAAAGUGGGCAAGUAAAAGUGAGCGCAAGGUACUCCACCCAAGACCCGAACUCCCGUAGGUAAUCAGUUGCCAAUGUCCCUGCUCUCUCAGCUGCAACCCGUUUUCUAUGAGACCGUUUUUUAUUAUUGUUCAUUGCCCAAUUUGUCUCCUGCCUGGAAGCAUUCCAUCCACUCAUUUCACUUAGUUAACUUAACCAUUCUAACCUCUUUGCUACGUGAGUGUGAAGUACAUGUACAUUAUAUUUGUCUUUUGUAUUGUCAUGCAUAUAAGUUGCAUUGUAAGUAUUUUGGCUGAAAAAAGAGCCAGUCCUCACGAUGAUAUUAAUUACCAUGAUGUUUUGUUAGAUUCUGCAGUGAGCUGCGGACCUCUUUGUGUUUAAGGUUUAACUGAAAGCUCAAACUAGAUUAUUUUAGUGUCAGGUACAGGAUAUUCUUGGUUGCAUUUACUAAAAAUGCUGUAGCCGCUACCCGUGACAGUGAGCCAUCCGUUAGAGAGGGUUACGACCUAGUGAUCGCUCAGUGUCACGGUUGCCCGCCAUGGUCCCUCGGUAUACCAGCAGGCCAGUGGUGCAGGGGUAGUGCACGCUGCUCUCGCCUCUUUAGCAAACAAUGUCAAAUUCUUGGUGUAGAACGUAAGGUGUCCUCGGCCGCAUGGUGGCGGCCAGCGUGCGCUACUCCCCUCCCGAGUGGCCGAAGGCAGGGAGGAACACCACUGGGCCAGAGACGAAGAAGCACUGUUUAUAUGUACUGUAACAUACAAACUUUUACUAUUAGGUAUGAAUGUUAUCAAAUAAAUGAUUUCAAAGGCUAAA